GACUUAGAAGCCAAGUUCAUUAUUCAGAUGGAGAAAAGCAAAACAACAAUCACAAACUUAAAGAUACCGGAAGGAGGAACUGGAGACUCAGGAAGAGAAAGAACCAAGACCUUCACUUAUGACUUUUCUUUUUAUUCUGCUGAUACAAAAAGUCCACAUUAUGUUUCUCAAGAAAUGGUUUUCGAAACCCUUGGCACCGAUGUUGUGAAAUCAGCAUUUGAAGGUUAUAAUGCUUGUGUCUUUGCUUAUGGGCAAACUGGAUCUGGAAAGUCAUACACGAUGAUGGGAAAUUCUGGUGAUUCUGGCUUAAUACCUCGGAUCUGUGAAGGGCUCUUCAGUCAGAUAAAUGAAACCACCAGAUGGGAUGAAGCUUCUUUUCGGACUGAAGUCAGCUACUUAGAAAUUUAUAAUGAACAUGUAAGAGAUCUUCUGAGACGGAAGUCAUCCAAAACCUUCAAUUUAAGAGUCCGUGAGCAUCCCAAAGAAGGGCCUUAUGUUGAGGAUUUAUCCAGACAUUUGGUUCAGAAUUAUGGUGAUGUGGAAGAGCUGAUGAAUGCAGGAAAUAUCAAUCGGACAACAGCAGUGACUGGGAUGAAUGAUGUCAGCAGCCGGUCCCAUGCCAUCUUCACCAUCAAGUUUACUCAGGCCAAAUUUGAUUCUGAAAUGCCGUGUGAAACUGUGAGUAAGAUUCACUUAGUCGAUCUUGCUGGAAGUGAGCGAGCCGAUGCCACAGGUGCCACUGGAGUUCGACUAAAGGAAGGGGGUAACAUUAACAAAUCCCUCGUGACUCUUGGAAACGUCAUUUCUGCCUUAGCUGACUUAUCUCAGGAUGCAGCAAAUCCUCUUGUAAAGAAGAAACAAGUCUUUGUGCCUUAUAGAGAUUCCGUGUUAACUUGGUUGUUGAAGGAUAGCCUUGGAGGAAACUCUAAAACAAUCAUGAUUGCCACCAUUUCACCUGCUGAUAUUAGUUACGGAGAAACCCUAAGUACACUUCGCUAUGCAAAUAGAGCCAAAAACAUCAUCAACAAGCCUACCAUUAAUGAGGACGCCAAUGUCAAACUCAUCCGGGAGCUCCGAGCUGAAAUAGUCAGACUGAAAAUGUUACUUGCUCAAGGCAAUCAGAUUGCCCUCUUAGACUCCCCUACAGCUUUAAGUAUGGAGGAAAAACUUCAGCAGAAUGAAGCUAGAGUUCAAGAGUUGACCAAGGAAUGGACAAAUAAAUGGAAUGAAACCCAAAAUAUCUUGAAAGAACAAACUCUAGCCCUUAGGAAAGAAGGCAUUGGCGUUGUUUUGGAUUCUGAACUGCCCCAUUUGAUUGGCAUUGAUGAUGACCUUCUGAGCACUGGAAUAAUUUUAUAUCACUUGAAGGAGGGCAAGACAUAUGUUGGUAGAGAAGAUGCUUCAACAGAACAAGAUAUUGUUCUUCAUGGCCUUGAUUUGGAGAGUGAUCACUGCAUCUUUGAGAAUGUUGGGGGGACAGUGACUCUGAUUCCCCUUAGUGGGUCUCAGUGCUCUGUGAAUGGUGUUCAGAUCCUGGAGGCCACACACCUAAAUCAGGGUGCCGUGAUACUCUUGGGAAGAACUAAUAUGUUCCGCUUUAACCAUCCCAAAGAAGCAGCCAAGCUCAGGGAGAAACGGAAGAGUGGCCUUCUGUCCUCCUUCAGCUUAUCCAUGACCGACCUCUCCAAGUCCCGAGAGAACCUGUCUGCUGUCAUGUUGUAUAACCCAGGACUUGAAUUUGAGAGGCAACAGCGUGAAGAACUUGAAAAGUUAGAAAGUAAAAGAAAACUCAUAGAAGAAAUGGAAGAAAAGCAGAAAUCUGACAAGGCUGAACUGGAGCGUAUGCAGCAGGAGGUGGAGACGCAGCGCAAGGAGACGGAAAUUGUGCAGCUGCAGAUCCGCAAGCAGGAGGAGAGCCUCAAGCGCCGCAGCUUCCACAUUGAGAGCAAGCUGAAAGAUCUGCUUGCCGAGAAAGAAAAGUUGGAAGAGGAGAGGCUGAGGGAGCAGCAGGAGAUGGAGUCGUUGAAGAAGAAACAGGAAGAAAAGAGUGUUUUCUGUGUCAAAGAACUCCAGCGGCUCCAGGAACUCAAUGACAGUGAGAAGGCUGAGAAGGUUCAGAUAUUUCGAAAACUGGACUCACUCAAAAGAGAGAAAGAUGAACAGCACGCCAAGCUCGAACUUGAAAAGAAGAGACUGGAGGCGCAAGAACAGGAACAGUUCCUGCUUGUAAGCCACCUUGAAGAGCAGAUCCGAGAGAAGCAGCGAGGUGAGGUUCAGCGGGUGGAGGAGGAGAAGAGAGACUUAGAGGACAUCCGAGAGUCCCUCCUGCGGACCAAGGAAGCACGGGCGGAAGGGGAUGGUGAUGGAGAGGAAUGUGAAAAGGCCACAGUGCGCUUCUUAGAGUUCAAGAGAAGCCAGCUAGUCAAGUUAGCAAACUUGGAGAAGGACCUGGUUCAUCAGAAAGAUCUCCUGAAGAGAGAAGUUAAAAAAGAACAGGAAAUCCUAAAGCAUUUGAAAAGUGAAAAUAAAGAGGAAUAUAAGGUGUUGAAAAAAAAUGGUGAUAGUUGCAUAAAUCUCACACAGGCAGCUCAAGACACAGAGAAAAUAAAGCUAGUGGAGUCCAGACUGCAGGAUAAAGAACGCCAACUACAGUACCUGCUAAAGAGUCACUUGCCAGCUUUGUUAGAAGAAAAGCAGAGAGCCCUUGAAAUCCUUGAAAGAGGCCCUCUCAGCUUAGACAAUACUCUCUAUCAAGUAGAGAAAGAGAUGGGAGAAAAAGAAGAACAAUUUAUGCAGUAUCAAGCCAAUGCAAGCCAGCUGCAAAAGCUGCAAGCCACGUUUGAGAUCACUGCCAACCUAGCACAUCAGGAAGAGAAAGUGAGGAAGAAAGAGAAGGAGAUUCUUGAAUCCCAGGAGAAGCAGCAGAGAGAGGCCUUGGAGCAGGCUGUGGCCAAGCUAGAGAGAAGACACUCUGCCUUGCAGAAGCGUGCCACCCUGGGCCUGGAGAUGGAAGAGCAGAAGCAGAAAUUCUCAACUCUGAGGAGUGACAGCAGCAGCGCUCAGUCAGGGCUCCAGGCCGGCCUGGAAGCUGAGCAGGAAAUGCUCAAGAAGGACCAGGAGAGGUUAGAACAUGAAAUCCAGUUGCUGAAGCAGAAGAUAUGUGAGGUUGAUGUUGUUCAUAAAUGGCAUCCUGGGAGCCUAGGGGGGAAGACUUCUCUCUCUGGCUUGCCACAUAGUCCUGAAAAGUCUCAGGAUCAUUUGGUCCCUCUAAUGGAUGCCGGGAUCAAUGCCUACAUUGAGGAAGAAGUCCAGAGACGGCUUCAGGGUUUGCAUCAUGUGAUUGGCGAUGCUGGCAGUACAUCUGCAGAGGUGAUGAAGGAUAAUGAGAAACUUCAUAAUGGCAUCAUUCGACGUAAGCUAAAGUAUGAGCGGAUGGUGUCUCGCUCUUUGGGAGCAAAUCCGUAUGACCUGAAGGACCCGAUUAAAAUUAGUAUUCCACGCUACGUUCUCUGUGGACAAGGAAAGGAUGAACACUUCGAGUUUGAGGUCAAGAUUACUGUUCUAGAUGAGACAUGGACCGUGUUUAGACGUUAUAGUCGUUUUCGAGAAAUGCACAAAACAUUGAAGUUGAAGUAUGCAGAGCUUGCUACACUUGAAUUCCCUCCAAAAAAACUAUUUGGAAACAAGGAUGAACGUGUGAUUGCUGAGAGACGAAGUCACUUAGAGAAAUACCUCAGGGACUUUUUCAAUGUGAUGCUUCAGUCUGGAACAUCUCCCCUCUACAUCAACAAAGUAGGACAGACUCUGUCAAAACACACCAUUUGUGAGUUCUCGCCGUUCUUCAAGAAAGGGGUCUUCGACUACAGCAGCCAUGGGACAGGGUAG